AGUUCUGGUAUGCCCGAACAAAAUUCGACAUUGUCCAUGUUCCGUGCAGGCCUAUAUAUAUAAGUCUGGCAGCGCGUCAGUGUUUGGUGUGUUGCGUUUGCGCGAACACUGAUCCCGCAUUAUGCAAUAAACUGCAGUCACUCUUAGAAAUACAUUAUUCGUAAGUGUUCAAGUACGUUUUCCAAACAGAACGUAUAUUCGUAAAACCUCGUUUCCCUGUGCGUAUCGUCAUUGGCGACACGCGCAGCGCUACGGCUGGUUAUGUUCCGCAGAAAUGACGAUUCGCGCGUACGUCAUAUCUAGUGAGCAGAUGGCACAGUUCCAGUGACUCUUAAGAGUUCCGCGUUACGGGUGUAUUGCUCUCGUUUGAGCUGCCCGUCUCGUGUGCCACUGUAAUGAUCUGACAACGCGUGCGAUUCGAUUCUGAUCCGAUUAUUCGGUGGCUGCGAUGUCGUUGAAUGACAUACGAAUCUGUUCGAAACGUUGUACACAUUGCGAUAACGUUAAUUAUUUUUUUAGUGUUUGUAAAAUUUUAACUUUUAGUAAUUUUUGGAAUGAAACACUUCGUCAGCUCCAACGUCUUGUGCUUACUUCAAGGCGACGUUCCCUUCUAUAUGACGCUUGUAAACUUUCCAUCUUCCUCUUAAUUUCAUUUAGACUUUUCUUCAUCUCUUUACUUAUUUCUAUCCAAUAAUCAAUUUUUUUUUUUGCCAUCUUGUAUUGAUUAUUGGUCGGAUCCCAUAGAAUUGGUAUGAUUUUAAACAUUUCAAUAAGAAGUAGACAUUCUUCGUCCGUCAAAUCCAUUAUUUAUUUUUUAAUGGUUAUAAUAAUUAAUAAAAACUAUAAUAGUUUUUUAUAUUUUUUUUUAAUUUUAGUAAUAAUUUCUGGCUAUUAUCACUUAUACUGGCCAUAAUAAAAUGUGCGCGUUCCCUAUAAAUAGCCAGGUAAACAGUUUAAACGGUUUAAACAGUUGACAAAAGUAUAGUGCAUAAUUAUUAUUGCUAACGGAAUUAUUAUUGGUAAAUAUUUCCUUAUAUUUUCUGAAAUCGUAAAUCAUGCUAACAUUAAGUUAUCUGGCGUGGCCAUAUCUAAUGGCUGUAAAAAAGAAAUUGUUUUCCGAUCGCAAGAUGAAAGAACCAGGAAAAGAUAAUGAAAAAAUAACUGCCAACAACAGCAACAUAGUGGAAAAACGAUCAACGGCCACCACUCCCCUACAACAAGCUGCGGAACUGCUGGAACGUAGCCAGCAGUUACUAAAGGCCGCGUACGCGGAGGCAGCCGUCCACGCAACAACGGAGACAGCCGCCCACGCGACUACGGAGACAGCCGGCCACGCGACUUCGGGGGCAGCCGCCCACGCGACUUCGGAGGCAGCCGCCCUGUCGACUUCGGAGGCAGCCGCCCAGUCGACUUCGGAGGCAGCCGCCCACGCGACUUUGGAGGCAGCCGCCCAGUCGACUUCGGAGGCAGCUACCCACGCGGCUACGGAGGCACGGGUGCGCCGGAUGUCCAUGCAAGAGCUAUUGCGGGACCCGGCACUGUGGGUAGCCUACACCCGCGGGUGGGACGAUUGCGCGGGCAAGGCGACCAACGUGAAUCCCAAACCCGCGGUAACCGACUACAGGUCCCAGAGCCCAAGACGGCCGGUACAGCCAGCUGGCACAUCGCGACCGCCACCGAUACCGCAGUCUGCACGGUUGCCCCGACCACCCCCCCAACCGCUAAUGGCAGUACUGGUGCCACGACCAAAAUUUUUCAAACCGCUAACACCGCCCGCGACGAGGAAAGUGAACCAAAAAAGUGCACAAAGGCCACCCACAACAGCGCCAUCACAAAACUCGUGGCAACGCCGUAACCAGUCUCGGAUUGCCGAAUACCCGGGACAGAAAAAGGCCGGCAAACCCACCACCUCCCAACAGUACCGCCUAGAAAAACCAAAAACCAGCCAGUGAUCCACCCACACACCCACCGGAAGCGGCCGGACAACCGCCGUUACUAUUCUGUGAUUGAUACGAUGAUAGCAUACAACACGUGUGUCAGCUCGAUUAUAUUAUUGUCUAGCCGUUGCACCACAUAAUAACAAAAUUGUUGCACCUAGUUUUGUUUAACCUGUUAUAUUGUAAAAUACACUGUUUCAUACUUCA